GUCUUUCAAUAUUGUUCCAAAUGACAGUUAAAAACUAUAUCGUAUAUCUAUAUAACAUUUUUGAUCUAUAUUAUAUUGUUUACUCAAAUUUGUCACACUCCAAAAAACAAUGUUGAAUUAAGCUACAAAAACAUAUAAAAUGGUGUCAUUGUUGUCUUGUUCUUCUCUUCCUUCAUUCUUCCAUACUCCAAGGAAUCAACAACUACUAUGUAAUAAGGUUGUUGUUUCUCCAUUUCAUCAAACUACACUUCAAUCCACUUCUUUGUAUCUUCAUUCUAAUUUGAAUAGAAACUUUCACAAAUGUUUCUCACAACAAAAACAAUCUCAAUCUAUCCAAGAAGAAGAAGAAGAAGAAGAAUCAUUUCAAUUGGAACGUUUGUUUUCAAACCUUAAUCAAGCCACUUUAAAGAGAGAACCUGGAAGUUUAUCUAGUGCAAUUUUCCUGGUUGCUGGCACUACUGUAGGUGCAGGGAUACUUGCAAUUCCUGCAGUUACACAAGAAUCAGGCUUCUUAGCAUCCACAGUUACUUGCAUUUUUUGUUGGGCAUUCAUGGUUGUGACAGGUUUACUCAUUGCUGAAGUAAAUGUCAACACCAUGUGUGAUCUCGGUUCUGAUGGUGUAUCAUUGGUAUCAAUGGCCAGAAGAACUUUAGGGACAGUAGGAGUUCAAAUUUCAUGUUGGUCUUACAUCUUCAUCCAUUAUGCCCUUCUGGUUGCUUAUAUAGCUCGUUCUUCGGAUAUCUUGACAAAUUUUCUCAGCAUUCCCACAUGGGAAAGUGCAACUUUGUUUUCAUUUAUAUUUGGAGCCAUAUGCUUCUUUGGAAGCCAGCGUUUCAUUGGCGCAAUUAAUGGAGUUCUGGUAAUUGGAAUCAUCAGCUUUUUUGCAGCCCUUGUGGCAGUUGCAAGUGGAAACUUGCAUUUGGAUGCUCUUUUAAAAGCCAAUUUCCAAGCAGUUCCUAUGAGUAUACCAAUUAUUGCACUCUCAUUUGUUUAUCAGAAUGUGGUACCUGUUCUUUGUACAAAUCUUGAAGGAGACUUGUUAAAAGUAAGGAGUGCUAUAAUACUAGGCACUGGUAUACCUCUUGUUCUCUUUCUAGUUUGGAAUGGUGUUAUCCUAGGAACUGUUGGUGACAAUCCAAUGGGAUUAGAUCCAUUACAACAAUUGAGAUCUUCAAAUGGAACAAUUGGACCUAUUGUUGAGAUCUUCUCACUUCUUGCAAUUGCUACAUCUUACAUUGGAUUUGUUUUGGGUUUGACAGACUUCCUUGCAGACUUGCUGAAUCUCCCAACAGGCCAGAACAGGCCUCUUCCAUACAUACUAACUUUAGUUCCACCCCUUAUACUCUCAUUAUUGGACCCUGAAAUAUUUUUUAAAGCCUUGGACUUUGCUGGAACUUAUGGAGUGUUGCUGCUUUUCGGAGUAAUUCCAGCUGCAAUGUCUUGGUCUGAUAGGAACUCAAAUUCAUCUUCAUCUGUGAAACUACCUGAACUAGUUCCAGGAGGAAGGAUAACCCUACUAAUGGUCCUUGGUAGUUCAGGAUAUGUUAUUCUAUCUGAAUUAUUUGAGAACUUGCAGCAUCUUUGAAAAAUAACCAUCAUAUCAUAUGAAGAUUUUCUUUCACCUUUUUGUUUAUUUCUGUUUGUAAUUAUUAUUACAGAAUAUUUAACCCUCACAGUAUAAAGUUACAUAAGGGGACACUUUAGAGAAAAGAGUCAUGUAUACAUAUAAAUAUUAUACCAAUUUUUAACUUUUGUCCUUAAAAACUAAGUUCCUUAAAUAUUGGAUGAAAUUUCUGCUCAAAUCCUUAA